UCACAAAUUGGGAACUCUUUUUCAGAUUUCAUCAGCUGCUUGUGGCUAUGGAUUCACAUUGCUGUCCUCAAAAACCAAGGAUGUUACAAAAGUUUGGGGUAUGGGCCUCAACAAAGAUUCUCAGCUUGGAUUUCACAGGAGCCGGAAAGAUAAAACGAGGGGAUACGAGUAUGUUUUGGAGCCCUCACCGGUCCCACUGCCUCUGGACAGGCCUCAGGAGACACGGGUGCUGCAGGUCUCUUGCGGCAGAGCCCACUCGCUUGUCCUCACAGACAGUGAAGGAGUUUUCAGCAUGGGAAACAAUUCUUACGGGCAAUGUGGAAGAAAAGUGGUUGAAGAUGAAAUUUACAGUGAAAGUCACAAGGUCCAUAGGAUGCAGGACUUCGAUGGACAAGUGGUCCAGGUCACCUGUGGUCAGGACCAUAGUCUGUUCCUAACGGAUAAAGGAGAAGUCUAUUCUUGUGGAUGGGGUGCGGAUGGGCAAACAGGUCUGGGUCACUACAAUAUCACCAGUGUACCCACCAAGCUGGGUGGAGACCUUGCAGGAGUGAAGGUGGUCCAGGUUGCCACCUACGGUGAUUGUUGCCUGGCUGUGUCGGCUGAUGGAGACCUCUUUGGUUGGGGCAACUCUGAGUAUCUGCAGCUGGCCUCUGUCACGGACUCCACACAGGUGAACGUCCCGCGGUGCUUACCCUUCUCAGGAGUGGGCAAGGUGAAGCAGGCUGCAUGUGGUGGCACUGGCUGUGCUGUGUUAAAUGGAGAAGGACAUGUUUUUGUCUGGGGCUAUGGAAUUCUUGGGAAAGGACCAAACCUAGUGGAAACUGCUCUUCCAGAAAUGGUUCCACCCACUCUCUUUGGCUUAACGGAGUUCAACCCAGACGUCCAGGUUUCCCGCAUUCGAUGUGGACUCAGCCACUUUGCUGCCCUUACCAACAAAGGAGAGCUGUUUGUUUGGGGCAAAAACAUCCGAGGGUGCCUGGGAAUUGGCCGCCUAGAAGACCAGUAUUUCCCAUGGAGGGUGACAAUGCCUGGGGAGCCCGUGGAUGUGGCCUGUGGUGUGGAUCACAUGGUGACUCUGGCCAAGUCAUUUAUCUAAAUCUCCUGCUGACCCAGCCCUUAGGAGGUGCAACCUGAAGUCUGGAGACGUGGGCCCUGCUCUGGUGAGACCUGCCAGUGCAGCACAUCACGGCUGCCUUUGGGCUGGUCUGCAGGAAGAUGGGCCCCAGGCCCUGCGGCCCCAGCGUGGUGAGGAUCAUUAGAAUGUCUCGGCUCUUUCCUGGGAGCACGGGAUGGCCUCUGGAGUCACGUCUGGCCCGAGAAACUGGUCUUCACAAAUAUUUGUUCAUGAUAUGCAUUUUGUUUGAUCUUGAAAGGAGCCUGACAGAGUGCAGUGCUCAGGAGGCUUCUGCAGCCCCUGGAGCACAGCAGAGGUAGGGUGAGCGUGUGUGGGCACGGGGCAGCCCAGCCUGACUGAGGGAGCCGGCUGGCUUCGGCCUGGGGUUGUCAUUCAGGUCUCCCCUCCCAAAGCGGACCCUGAAAGCCAGCUUGCUGGUGGGACAUGCCGAAAUCCUUUGCUUAGAUUGGGGUUCUCCCUGAAAAUGGAGUGGGCGCCAGCUCGGCACCCCAUGGGCUCAUGGCUGCCAUCAGCCUCGUAGCCAUCCUCACUGCCUGGCUGGGAGAAGGGGAGAAGCCCCCGCUGGAAGGAGAUCGAGGCCAGAUUCCUGUGGCUGAGGGCUCCGAGCACAUCCGCAGAAGCUUGGCUGCAGUGCCAGUCCUGGAGAAGAGAUCCAGAAAUUGUGGAAAACAGAGUAAUGUAACUUGUCUUAUUCUUUAAAAAAAUAUUUUAAAAACCUCUUUUG